GCGCGCUUGUUAUUUGACUUCUGGUUCUACCAAGUACUCUCCCCCACGGGGCCCCACCUCUAAUUCUUGCAUCCUUUUUCCUCGGGCUGAUUCCAGUUUUUGACUGUUCCCAAUGAGUGAAGACCACAGGCAGGAACUUCCUCCGGAGGCGUAUGGAUCUAGAGAAGCAACUGCUGGCGAGAGCUCGAGCCAGCACCGUAGCGGUUGCGGAUUCGGUCAGGCCCUACGGAAAGUUAAGAAGAAUGUGACCAAAAAAGUUUCUAAACGCUUCAAGCGUUCCUGCCGCCAAGUUCCCGUUGUCCAAAACGUCGAUCAUCAAGGUGCUUCAUCGAAUCAUAAUAUCGAAGAUGCGUCGCGUCUGCAUCCUUCCGAUGGCGACAAGCCCGUCACAUCUGAAAAUCUCAGUGGCUGUAUGGAUCAAGGAGCGUCCGGAGAACCUGCUCCGAAGGUCCUCGACGUCCCUCCUGGCGUAGAAGAGAUUCCUGAUUCCCAAUUAGUUGAUGCUGAACUUCGGGGUGCCCGUGAGGGUACGGAAAGUAUGAGACUACUCGGAGGACAUGUCACUUCUGUAGUAUCCAAAGCUGAGGAUGGACCAAAAGAUCUCGCUGCCGCAGACGAUUUCCAGACCACAUAUCUUCAACCACUCAAAAUUUUCUGUCAUUGA